UCCAUCUUUCGGCGCCUCCCUCGGGCGGGUUUGCGGGCGGCUUCACCGCAAGCAGGGGCCGGCUGGGGGCGAGCAGCACCCCCGUUACCCCCUGCAGCCCCUCCGUCUAAUUUCCCGGAGCAGGCCCCGGCCUCCUGCCCCGCCCGGCGCUGCGCAGCGUGCCGUGCCGUGCCGUGCCGUGCCGUGCCGUGCCGCGCCGCCCGCUCGGCUCCCGGAGCGGCGGCCGGGGAUGGCGGGGCCCGGCGGGGCGGCGGCGCCGCUGGUGCUGUACCACUGGACGCAGUCCUUCUCCUCGCAGAAGGUGCGUUUGGCAAUCGCAGAAAAAGCCCUCAAGUGUGAAGAACACGACGUAAAUCUGCCCCUGAGUGAGCACAAUGAGCCGUGGUUUAUGCGUUUAAAUUCGUCUGGAGAAGUGCCUGUCCUUAUCCACGGGGAAAAUAUUAUUUGUGAGGCCACCCAGAUUAUCGAUUACCUUGAAGCAACAUUUAUAGAUGAGGAAGUGCCAAGAUUAAUGCCAGAAGAAGGGAGCAUGUAUUAUCCGAGGGUGCAACACUACAGAGAGCUUUUGGACUCCUUGCCUAUGGACGCCUACACACAUGGCUGCAUCCUCCACCCUGAGUUAACUGUGGACUCCAUGAUUCCAGCCUAUGCUACAAGCAGAAUUCGUAGCCAAAUAAGUAACACAGAAUCAGAGUUGAAGAAACUUGCGGAAGAAAAUCCAGACCUUCAAGAUGCCUAUAUAGCAAAACAGAAGCGCCUUAAAUCUAAACUGCUGGAUCAUGAUAAUAUAAAAUACCUGAAGAAAAUACUGGAUGAACUGGAGAAAGUUUUGGAUCAGGUUGAGACUGAAUUGCAGCGGCGAAAUGAGGAAACACCAGAAGAUGGAAGUCAGCCUUGGCUCUGUGGUGAAUUCUUCAGUUUAGCAGAUGUGUCACUUGCUGUCACAUUACAUCGGCUGAAGUUUCUGGGUUUAGCAAGAAGAAACUGGGGAAAUGGAAAACGGCCCAACUUGGAAGCCUAUUAUGAGCGUGUCGUGAAGAGAAAAGCAUUUUACAAAGUUUUAGGACAUGUCAACAAUAUAUUAAUCUCAGCAGUUCUGCCAACUGCGUUUCGAGUGGCCAAGAAAAGAGCGCCCAGAGUUCUUGGCACCACCCUGCUGGUCGGCACGCUGGCAGGAAUGGCUUAUUUUGUUUUCGUGUGUCUUCGGAAGAGAUUUGCCAACAUGAUGUUGUCAAUUAGAACCAGACAAAAUUAUUUUUAGACCUGUUUGUCCCCGGUGGUGAGUGGAGGUCAUCUCUACCCCACUAGGAGACUAUCCCCAGUAAAAUACAAGCAUAUAAGAAAGGCUGUGUCUGUGAAUUAGAACAUUGUCACACAGUAAUCAUCUCCUGCUGUUGUAUAAUUGGAUUGGCAUUGCUGAGAUAUUUGCAGAAAAUAUAUGUUGAGGGGUGACAACAAAGGAAAGAAGAUACUUUCUUUUUAGAUGAGGAGGUAUAAGGGCUGUGAUGGUGUUUUGUUGAAGUGGUUAUUGUUUCGAUCUUCUUUACCCAUUAGCUGACCUAAUUAUAAUGUUUUAUUUAAUAGAUAUGCAGCAAUGUGACAGCUUUUCACUGUGGGUGAAAUACAUUACUGUGCAGAAACCAGCACUGAAAUACUGAAAACAGCACUUAGCUUAAGUGCUCGGAGUAGGAUUUGAGUGGAACACAGGCUCAGUGCCUUCGGAGCUAAGUGUCUCUGUACUGAUGAAUGUCUUGGUUCGCAGUUGGACCUUUAGGAAUGUGUUACAAAGCAGCCUUGUAAAGCCACUUUUUUCACAGUAUGUUCAUGCAGUAGUGUAGGAAGAGACCUGAAAUGCAUAUAAACGGGAAUGAUUUGUGGGCCAUUCAAGUGAAAUUCUGUAGAGGUGUCAGCAGGUUCUGGACUUCCAUUGAUACACAGAUGGGUGAGAAGAACUUGACACUUGUCUUUUAAAUGUCUUUUGGGUAGCUUUUGGCCCAGCCAGAUACUCAGCUCAGCUACCAGCCCUGGCUCAGUCAUACCACUGCACAUUUCCUGCUUUCUUUCCUAUCUGCUCCUUCUCUCUUUUACUCCUGUGGUGGCUUGAUACAGUUUUCUCCAUGUUAGUGUCCCGUACCUGUUUCUACUCUGAGCACUGGCUGGUUUUUGCACGCUACUAAGCUAUGUUACUAAUUGCAUGUGCCUCUAUGAAACGUUUGCUCACAACGUGCCACAGCCAACAGGGUAAUGUAUGCACAACAACACCUUUUGUAGAAGUAAUUUAAAAUAGUUUACUAUGUUUCAGCCUGGUUGGGUAGCCUAGACUCAAAGUGAAACAGUAAUUUAGCAAUCUGUUUACUUAGGGAGAGGUGUCAUAUUGGUGAUAAACGAAAAUACGGGUGAGUUUGGAGGCAGAUGAUUUGUACUGUGGAUUUUUUAUGAAGCUACAGUCUUGUAGGUAAGGUAUAGAAAAACACUUCGAUACUUUUCACUGCUCAGUAUGUAAUGACACUUCUAUUAAGUUUGAACUGAGCUCCUGUUUCAGUUAGGGAUGCCCAUUUACCAGAAGGUAGACUUUGAAUCAUUUCGCAGAGAGAAAGCAAUCAGGAAUGGCUGAAAAUUCUGAUGGCAGUCGAGUAAUUUUACUGUAUUCUGAUGAAUGUCUGAAAGCUUCAGAAUAUCUACAAGCUGUAUAUAACUACAACAAGCAAAACACAGCUUUUGGUGUUUGCCUGUCAGCAGCCAGUGCUAACAGGCCUAAGAGCAUUUUCUAUCCAGUGCUGGUAGCUGUGGACACCCCCUAUAAUUACUUUUGAGCACUGAGAAGACCCUCACUCAAGUUUGCUGGGGAGAGCAGAGGCAGUUUCUGUCUUGGCAGUCUCAGUGUCUUGCCAAUGUCAAAGUGGAUAAAAUUGUUGAAAACUCCUACUUAUAAUUUAAUAUUUUGUAAGCUCUCUAACAAAAUAGGACCUAAAUCUCAUAGCUCCUUUCCAUUAAUGAGAAAAUCUUACCUAGGAAGCAUUUUUUUUUUUAAAUCAAAAAGUCAGUUUUAUAUAACUCUAUUUCAUUUGUUUUCAAGGACUUGAUGAUUUUAAUCUGCUCUAUUAGAAAAACUUCGUGUAAGUUUAAUCCAACAACACUAUUGAUGUUUUGGCAGCUUUAACUGAAUUUGUUUGUACAUUUCAGUUCAUCUACGUUUAGGUGUAACCAACAAGUUACACUAAGUUAAUAAACACAGAGUGAGCCCUGUAAUGUAAAACUUCCUUGGCAUGUCUUUCUGACAGGUCAUCUGUAAAAUACAAUCCAAUCAAGUCAGAGUGAAAUUCGUUAUAUAUGACAGCUCUCUGAUGGAUAAAUUUACAUUUCACUUCUUCCUUCCCCUUCUUUUUUUUUUUUUUUUGGUGUUAAUUGUAGAUCAGAACACACAUAUUUCCAGAAGAUGCACUAGUUUAGUCUAAACUACCAGCCCCAUGCCCUGUGAUACAGGCUAACUAUUGAUGAAGUUGUGUAGUUUUACUUCCCCCCCCCCAAACCCCAGUGAUGUCUGCACUACAGCUAGUGCUCAUUGCUUGCAGAAUCUGGGAGGGACUGAAUUGACCACCAGGUGUCAGUGGUCCUCUAGGGCUACACUUUGGCAUGCCUUAGAUGUGCAGGAGAUCACGGAUUUUCAUAAAGUUUUCAUGAACAAAAUAUUCAUGAUUUCAGUGUAAGAUGGAUGAUGUGAGCAGCCUCAUCAAACUAGCAGUGUCUCAAGAGCCUAAGAACAAGUGCUUCAGUCUGCUGCAGGCUAGUUCUUUAAUAUCUAUAAUUUAUGCUUGUGAGUAGUUUCUACACUGGAUAAAUAGGAUUGUCCAACAGAGGGCACAGUUUACAUGAUGGGUCACAUUAAAAUGAGUGUCACUGAGUAACAAUUAAACUUCUUGUCUGCAAGAAUGAGUGUGGAUAAAACUUACUGAGAAAAGUUUGGGUCCCCAGUUUUAAUAAAGGUCUGUUCUAUUUGAUAGGCUGCCUAUUUUCACUGCCCUGAAGUACUGUGUGCAACAUUGGUUUCUGUACAGGUGGCAGCAAAAGGCUUAUCCACGAUUAAAUUUGUUGAAAUAGGAUGAAAUUUAGAAGCACAUAUACUAUGUAUGACUCUUUGUGCAGAGUACCUUUUGUGUGGUGCUUAUAAAUUUUCUUUUCAGUCUGUCUGAUUUUCUUUGUUCUGGUACCUCUGGACGAUAUUUAUAUUGGAUACAACAAACGAUCUUCUGGUUUUCGUUUGCUGUUUGUUCUCGUACCAUGCAUCAGAUAGAUUUCAUAUCAUAUCUUUGUAUGUGGGACCAGCAAAAUAAACAUAGAUUCUAAGACUACUUUCUAGACUGGUUUAUGUCUUCUUUUUUCAGUAAAACUGAGCACAUUUGAGGAUCACACAAUAUUUCUAUAACGAGUCUGAUGCUGUCCAAGGAAAGAAGCCUCUGAUAUUUCAGUUUAAAAGGUGUUCAACAGAUUGACUUGCAUGUAUAUGGAAACAACAGUUAGAACGCUAGUUUUCUUUGGUUAUCUUUCUGACCUGUAUAUGCAUGAAGCUCAACAGAGGCUAUUUAAUAAUGUUAAAAAACUAUUUAUUUAAAGGAGGUCAAGUGUUUUUUGUGCUUUCAAUUAAUCCAUGUUAAUAAAAUAAAAUAUUUCCUUCUGAGU